AGGAGGGUUGACGGUGAGUCUGCUGCUCUCGUCCCUCUCAGACCAUGGGAACAAAACAGACUCACAUCCAUGAAGUCCAGCAGACCAGCUUCCUGCUGCGGGCCGCUCUGCUCUCCAUCCUGCUGUUCGGCCCGCAGUACGUGGCCUCCGAGUCGGACGAGGCGGUCCUGACCGAGUGGGACAUCUGGAAGAGCAGCCAUGGCGUUACCCACGAAGACAUGGACGACAUGCAGAGGAGGGCCAUCUGGGAGGAGAACAAACAGAUGAUUGAAGACAAUAAUCAAGGGUUCUUCAUGGGGAUGAGGCCGUUCGCUAUGGCCAUGAAUAAAUAUGGAGACCUGACGAGACAAGAGUACCAGGUUCUGCAAGGAGCCAUGAUAGACGCCCAGUUCGUGCAGAGAGGGAAGACGGUCUCGGGACGACGACUGCGUAUCAAUGCCAGGAAGUUAGAUGCUUAUUUUGUCGACUACAGGAACAUGGGUUAUGUCACGGAGGUGAAAGACCAGGGUUACUGUGGCUCCUGCUGGGCCUUCAGCACUACGGGAGCCAUCGAGGGACAAAUAUACAAGAGGACAGGUCAGCUUGUGUCUCUGAGUGAACAAAACCUGGUGGACUGCUCCAGAGCUUAUGGUACUUAUGGCUGCAAUGGGGCCUGGAUGGCCAACGCCUUCGACUACGUGGUCAACAACGGGCUGCAGUCGACCAGUGCCUACCCGUACACCUCAGUGGACACCCAGCCCUGUUACUACGACAGCAGACGUGCAGUAGCUCAUAUCAAGGACUACAGGUUCAUACCUAAAGGAGACGAGCAGGCUCUGGCUGACGCCGUGGCAACCAUCGGACCAAUCACAGUAGCUAUUGAUGCAGAUCAUUCAAGCUUCCUGUUCUACAGCUCAGGAAUAUACGAUGAGCCCCUCUGUAACCCGAACAAUCUGAGUCACGCGGUGCUGCUGGUUGGUUACGGCUCUGAAGGAGGCCAAGACUUCUGGAUCAUCAAGAACAGUUGGGGUAGCAGUUGGGGAGAAGGCGGCUACAUGCGAAUGGUCCGAGACGGCAGAAACACGUGUGGAAUCGCGAGCUACGCCUUGUAUCCUAUUCUAUGAUCCUGAUCAGAUGCUUCAGUCGUGUGUUAAUGCUGAACUCUUCCACUGGACCGUCA